GGAGAAUAUGUUGAUGGAGAAACGACUACCAGCGAUCGACCUAUGCACCCAGGCUACGUGCGAAAGGAUCUGAGUGGUCUUGUGUGUCACACGGACAUUUAUGACUUCCUGGAAUCUGCCAUACCGGACAGCUGUGACUUCGGCAUGGUCGACGUGCCGAUAUCAUUGCCUCAGCCACACCCCCUCUUCUCUAACAUGGCGACCAUCGAAAUCGAUCCAGUUUCGUACGAAACGGACAUAGUGCAGCACAUGGGGAGCGCUUCGAGCAAGGCACUCCUAUUGGCGGUCGAGAGGCGCGUUUUGCGAAGCAGCCGACUUCAGCCGAACGCCGUGGCAAGGGGCCUGGUCCACAAAGUGGUCGAUAUGAACGCGCACGGCAUCGCGCUCUCGGACGGACGUAUUUCGGAAGCCGACACCAGGGCCGUCGCUCAAGAUGCCCAGGUUCUCUCAGAGGAAAUUCAUUCGUAUCACGGUCUCAUCAGAUACGACACGUUCCUCGGAAACCGUUCUGCAUUGAGAUCAUUGAUGCUAGACGUUAUAAGGUGCGCUUGAUUCUGCAGCAGCUCAGGCGGGCCGGGACGUCGCCUGUAGCAUUCAUUCUCGAAGGUUACGACAAGGAAGCACAACAAGCGGUAACCUACUACGACCAGAAAAAAGACGUGAUAUGCGCUGCCACGCCAUUCGGCUUCACUGCUGGAGUGAAAGCCGAACUUGCGAACUUGUGAUACGGGCCCCUCGUGUCGCCACCGCGUGGCUUGAAGAUAACCUCACUCGAGCGUUCGUUGUUUUCUAAUUUAUUUAUUUUAUAGUUGUUUUAUAUAUAAUAAGUGAGUACGGCGUCA